AAAAACAACCUGCUGGGAAAACAAAGAGCAAAUUCUGCAGUACAUGAAGAAUUUUCAACCUAAAAAUAAAGAAAUCAAAGCCAUCAGAGUUUUACUCCAUGGACCAGUCGGUGCAGGAAAGUCCAGCUUCAUCAACUCUGUCAACAAUAUCUUCCAAGGGAGAAUGACCCAUGAAGCUCUGGCCAGUUUCAAAAAUUGCGAGAAAACUUUCACAUCAAAGUAUACAACAUAUAAAAUAAGAAAAGAAGACACAGAAAACUUUUACCCCUUUGUGUUCACUGACAUUGUGGGUCUGGAGGUGAAAGAUGGAGAAGUCAGCGUAGACGACAUCAAACUGGCCUUGAAGGGACAUGUGAAGGAUGAUUACAAGUUCAACCCCAAAUCUUCCCUUUCUGAUGGUGAUCCUGACUACAUCUCUUUCCCGUCCAUCAAUGACAGAGUUCAUGUUCUGGUCUGCAUUUAUGAUGCUAAUGUAUUACAAAUUAUGCCAACGAUUUUACAGAACAUGAAGGAAAUCAGAAAAGCAGCCAGUGAUCUGGGAAUCCCUCAGUUGGCGAUUCUCACCCACAUUGAUGCAGCCUGUGGUGAAAUAGAGAGAGAUCUGAGAAAUGUCUACAAGAGUAAACAUUUAAAGAAAAAAAUGAAGGAUUUUGAAUCCAGCGUGGAGAUUCCACUGAACUGCACCCUCCCAGUGAAGAACUACAGUUAUGAAAUUGAGAUGGAUUCAGACGUCGACGCUCUGAUCCUGGAUGCGCUGAAACUGAUAAUUGACUUUGGAGACGACUACGCUGCCAAGCUGCGCAUCCCCUAGCAAUAUGUUACUGGGGGAUGCUGUAACAUAUCACUGCGACUAUAUGUUA